AUGUUCGGAGGUCAAGUGGCACUGCCUGGCAAUAGUCCGCAUUUGAGGAAGUCUGGUAGCCGACCUGUUGUCUUUGAUCUUGGUGGGGAGCAGGGGAAUGGUGCAGAAGAAGGGUUCUCGCAUUCAACAGAGGCCGAUAACUCAAAAAGCCUUCCAAUGUCACUUAGUGCUGCAGCUGUCAUAAUGCCAUCUCCAAUACUGUUGUGGAGAUUUAAGGUGCUUCUGUUCUUCCUGUGGGGUUUCUUUUGUUGUAAGAUUGGAUGGGGUUCUGUUAUGAGAAUGAGUGCAAAUUUGAGGGACCUUUUUCUCUAUGAGGUUUUCUUGUAUUACAACCCUCUUCUUCUUGUGACAUUUGCAGUUUGGCUUUGGGGGGCUAAUUUGUGGGUCUUUUCCCAGUCAACUGUUAGUUAUGCUAAGAUUUUUGAUCUUGACCAAAACCAUCUCAAUCACAGAGAAAUAUGGAAGGUUGCCAUGUGGAUGACAAUAAUUGUCCCAAGUAGCAUGACGGCCUAUCUGUAUCUCUAUUCUCAUGGAGAAGUGUCUUUGGCGGCCUCUCAACCAGUUCUGCUCUAUUGUGCUGUUGCAAUGCUUUUGAUAUUCCCCUUCGAUAUAUUCUACUUGUCAUCGCGCUACUUCUUGUUGAGGACCCUUUGGCGGAUAGUUUUCCCUCUACAGGCAAUUACAUUUGCUGACUUCUUCUUGGCUGAUAUCUUAACCUCUAUGUCCAAGGUCUUUUCUGAUCUGGAGCGUUCAGUUUGUCGAAUGGUUCACCGACAGGUUGCAACCAUUGCAUGGUUUGAAGCAGACUCUAUUUGUGGUAGCCACUCUGUUGCAAUCCCUUUGGUUCUUGUUCUACCUUAUCUAUUUCGGCUAUUCCAGUGUCUUCGACAAUAUAAGGAUACAAGGGAAAGAACAUCUCUUUUUAAUGCCUUGAAGUAUUCAACUGCAGUUCCAGUCAUUUUCUUAUCGGCACUGAAGUAUCAUGUCUUCCCUGAGAGGUGGACAAACUUUUAUCGUCCUCUCUGGCUUGUUUCAAGUAUGGUGAACUCCUUAUAUUCCUUCUAUUGGGAUGUCACCCGGGAUUGGGACUUGAGUGGCUUUACUCGGAUUUUCAAAUUCAACAGACCGAGUAUCUGGUCAUACAUAUUGCAUGGAAGGAAAUGGGUUUACUUUUGGGUCAUCGGGAGCAAUUUGAUUCUGCGAUGCACAUGGACGUACAAGCUCUCAGCUCAUCUACGGCACAACUACCUGACUGUUUUUGCGAUAACUGCCUUGGAGAUUUUCAGGCGUUUUCAGUGGGUGUUUUUCCGGGUUGAGAAUGAAUGGAACAAGAUGAAUGCCAAGUCAAGCGCUCAGAUAUCAAUGAGUGAGAUGUCAGCAGAGGAAGAGAAGUUAAAACUGCUUGUUUCUAGUGAUCAUAACGUAUAG